AUGUCGCUCCCCACACACUUCAAGCUCAACACCGGGGCCAGGAUUCCUGCACUAACAAGAUAUACAGGCACCUGGAGAUCUGAGCCAGGUCAGGUCCGCCACGCGGUCUCAUUCGCGCUUAAGAACGGAUAUCGUCACAUUGACGCUGCACUGAUAUACGAACUGAUAGGAAACGAGCACGAGGUCGGCCAGGGUAUCAAGGACAGUGGAGUCCCUCGGGAACAAAUAUUCCUCACUAGCAAGCUAUGGAAUACGCAUCACCCCAACGUUGCGGAAGGUCUUCAGAAAACACUUGAUGCCCUAGGGACAGAUUACUUGGAUCUUUAUCUCAUUCACUGGCCCGUCCGGCUUGUUCCUAACGAGUCAAGCGACCUUCUCCCCGUAAACCCCGACGGCACACGAUCCGUCGACCGAUCCUGGGAUCAAAGCGAGACCUGGCGGCAGAUGGAGGAGAUAUACAGGGCCGGCAGGGUCAAGGCAAUCGGUGUGGCGAACUGGUCAAUUCCGUACCUCGAAGAGCUCAAGAAGAAGUGGACUGUGGUCCCCGCUGUCAACCAAGUUGAGUUGCACCCUUUUCUUCCCCAGCACGCACUGAAGAAGUGGUGCGAUGAGCAUGGCAUUCUUCUCGAGGCGUAUUCGCCGCUUGGGUCGCAAGGCGCCCCGCUUGCUUCAGAUCCCGCAAUUCAAGAGAUUGCGAAGAAGAACAAUGUCUCCCCUUCAACGAUACUCAUCAGCUACCACGUCAACAGGGGUGUGGUUGUGCUCCCCAAGUCCGUCAAUGAGGAUCGGAUCUUGAGCAACAACCAGAUCAUUCCUCUUUCCCGGGAGGAGAUGGAUGCACUGAAUUGUCUGGCUGCACAGGGCAAGGCGAAACGAAUCAAUACACCGCUGUUUGGAUGGGAUCUUGGUUUCGAUGACUGGUACGAGCAGUAA